AUGUCAUCAAAUCAAAUUUAUUCUGCCAAGUAUUCUGGGGUGGAUGUUUACGAGUUCAUUCAUCCAACUGGCUCAGUUAUGAAGAGAAGGGAUGAUGAUUGGGUUAAUGCUACACAUAUUUUAAAAGCUGCUAGAUUUGCAAAGGCUAAGAGAACUCGUAUUUUAGAGAAAGAGGUUAUCAAAGAAGUCCAUGAAAAAGUACAAGGUGGAUUUGGUAAAUACCAAGGUACGUGGGUUCCUAUGGACGUGGCAAGGACAUUAGCGACAAAAUUCGGAGUUCAUGAUGAAUUAUCACCAUUAUUUGACUUUACACAAACAAAUGGAUCCGCAUCACCACCACAGGCUCCUAAGCAUCACCAUGCUUCAAGAGGUGAUUCAACUAGGAAAAGAGCUGUUAAAAGUGCGAGUACGUCUGCAGUAGUAGAGGGACAACAGGGAACAGCGCUUGUAAAUCCAGCCGUAUCUCGAAGACGUGGUAGACCUGCAACGGGUCAAAGAGGUAAGAGAAAACUGAAUACAACUUUACAAAGAUCGCAAAGUGAUAUGGGAUAUCCAAGACCUGCGAUACCGAAUUCAUCAAUAGCAACUACACAAUUACCUUCGAUAAGAGCAGCACAUAUGAACUCAUUGGUAGAAGAGAAUGAUGGUGCUGAUGAUGAUGAUAAUGAUAUUAAUAAUACCAAUAAUAGAAAUAACAAUGCCGGGCACAGAGCUCACUUUAAAGAAUUAGACAUUGUUGACGGUUUGUCAAGUGAUAUUGAACCGCACGGUCACAUGACAAUGGCACAUCCAGGAUUAGUUCCUGGAAAUGGUGCUAAUGAUACUACCACUAAUAGUCAAAAAUUAAUCCAUGGUACGAUAUCAUCCUCGCAAUCCUCUCCUUCACUGCCGACUUCGCCUAGUGAAUUAUCUGAGGCGAAUCCAUUUGACCAUAGAUUUGGUAGUGCAGGUACUUCACCAAUAAUGUCAGCAAUACCCCGUUAUUCCAUCCAAUCCAGACCGCAAAGUACGGAUAUUCAUGAUAAAGUCAAUGAAUAUUUGUCCAAACUAGUUGAUUAUUUUAUCUCAAAUGAGGUGAGAUCUAACAGAUCUGUACCUACAGAACUUUUACUCCCGCCACCUCAUAGUGCUCCAUAUAUCGAUGCACCAAUUGAUCCAGAAUUACAUACAGCGUUCCAUUGGGCAUGUUCCAUGGGGAAUCUACCCAUUUUGGAGGCCUUGGUGGAAGCGGGUACUAGUACUAGAUCAACAAAUUCUCAGGGCCAAACUCCGUUAAUGAGAGCUUCGAUGUUUCACAAUUCAUACUCAAGAAGGACUUUCCCACGAAUUUUUGAACUUCUACAUGAUACCGUCUUUGAUGUGGAUUCUCAAUUACAAACGGUGAUUCAUCAUGUAGUUAAGAGAAAAUCUACUACCCCCUCGGCGGUUUACUAUUUGGAUGUAAUUCUUUCCAAAUUAAAAGACUUUUCACCUCAAUACCGUAUAGAGUUGUUGUUAAACUCCCAAGACAGUUUUGGUGACACAGCACUACACAUUGCCGCCGAAAAUGGUGAUAAAACUUUUUUCAACACUUUAAUUAGAAAUGGCGCUUUGAGCACAAUUACGAAUAAAGAAAGAUUGACGCCUAACGAGAUUAUGAAUGAACAUUAUGAACAAAUUUUAAACAAGAAUCAAGCACAGAUGAAUUCAGAGAUCAACGCUGCCACAAAUGGUAGUGGUCUUGGUGUUGGUAUUGGUAAUGGUGUUACUAGUGGCGGUUUCACUACAGCUGGUCAUAAUGCAUCAGGAAUUAGCGCGAAUAGUGGUGGAAUCGGAUUAAGUGGGAAGAUAGAUUCUCCUGUUGGCUCAAUGACACCGUUACUCAAUACAGCUGCAUCGGAUUAUAUGAUGUUCCCAUCUCAAGCUGCAACUCGCAUAUCUAGAUGUAUUCCAGAAGUGGUUGCAUCAAUGAAGCAAAUGUCUGAUCGUUAUAAUAACUUAUACCAUCAACGCGAUACAGAUAUAAAAAAUAUGGAAAGGACUUUACACAGCAUGUCGAAGACCAUCAGAAGUGUUAAUCUAAGGACGAUGGCGGUUCUUAAUAAUAGCAGUUUUGAAGAAUUCGAUAAAACGAUGCUAGAAAAAUUGACAGAGACUGAAAAAUUACGUUGGGAAGUUAAAAAUUUGAGAAAGGGAAUGACAAAUAGGUGGGAAAAAGAACAUUAUUUAUUACUCAGGCAUUUUUUGAAACAAAAUGAUACAAAAACUCAAAAUCAUGAUAGUAAUGGUAGCAUUGAUGAAAGAUUAAAACUUGCAGUCGAACUUUGCGUUUUACAAUUAUCAAGAAAGGGUAAAUUAGAAACGGGGUUACAAAUCGUUGAAGACAGUUCAAAGAUUCACAAAUACAGGAAAAUGAUCAGUGAAGGUACAGAGAUGGAGACCGAGAAAGUCGAUAGUUGCCUGGAUGUAAUAUUAGAGAGUUUGAGUAAUAAGUAG